AUGCGAGUGGAGAAAAUUGGAGUAAAGAGGUGGUUGUUCUUGCUGGCAAUUUGUUCUUGUCUUCUUUCAUCUUCCUGUGUAAGAGUUCUCAAGUUGAAGAACGAUGAUGGUCGACCUGUUUACAACCAUACGCUUGCCGUAACACUUGUGGAGUAUGUUUCUGCGGUCUAUAUGUCUGAUUUGACUGAACUCUUCACUUGGACGUGUGAAAGAUGCAAUGGUUUGACAAAGGGUUUCCAAGUUAUAGAGAUAAUAGUUGACGUUGAGCACUGCUUACAGGGAUAUGUUGGGGUGGCAAAGGAUUUAAAUGCUAUCGUUAUUGCAUUCCGGGGAACUCAAGAACACAGCAUACAGAAUUGGGUCUCGGACUUGUUCUGGAAACAGCUUGAUCUAAAUUACCCUGAUAUGCCAGAUGCAAUGGUACAUCAUGGCUUUUACAGUGCUUAUCAUAAUACAACAGUACGGCCUGCAGUGUUGGCUGCAGUAAAACGGGCGAAGAAAUCCUAUGGGGCAAACAUUAACAUCAUCGUGACCGGUCAUUCAAUGGGGGGAGCCAUGGCUGCUUUUUGUGGGCUAGACCUAGUUGUGAAUGAAGGAGAAGAGAACGUGCAGGUUAUGACAUUUGGGCAACCUCGUGUUGGGAAUGCGGCUUUUGCAUCUUAUUACAGUUUGCUUGUGCCUAAUACCUUCAGGAUCACGCAUGACCGAGAUAUAGUUCCUCAUCUGCCUCCUUUCUUUUAUCUUUUCCCUCAAAAAACAUACCACCACUUCCCAACAGAGGUGUGGGUGAGAGAUGUCAGUUUUUCGAAUUUUAUUCUUUUAAAUUCGGAAGAAGUUUGUGACAACACUGGUGAAGAUCCUACAUGCUGCAGGUCGGUGAUGGGAACUAGCAUAACCGACCAUUUAAGUUACUUUGGGGUGGAGUUAGGGGGUGAGACUUGGAGACAAUGCAACAUAGUGAUGAGCCAUGAGAUGGAGAGUUACAGCAGCAAAGAUUCAAAGGGUAACAUAUUCCUGUCGUGGACAGUUCCUUCCAUGGAGGUCACUGAAUCGAAAACCGGAGUAUUUAGUCUAUAG